AUGUCCCUCUUUUCGGGCAUAAAGUUCUCGUCCGACACGGCCAAGUCGCUCGCAGCUGAGAGUGCUGCUGCAGUCGCAGCGGCAGAUGGGACCAGCCCAGUGACAUCCUCCACCUCGGCGCCUUCGACGACGGAUGCGCCCGGAGCUGCUGGGCCUUCCUCUGCGCCCAAACCUUCCACGUCCAAGUCGACUGCCCCACUUACAGCACUCCAGUUUGCGCCUAGGGCAAAGACAAACAAACCAAAGGCAACACAACCACCACAGCGGGGCUUCGCUACCUCGGGCUCAUCGUACUGGGCACCAUCGACCGUCACGUCCGCUGCCGUCCUUGAGGCCGCACCCGUGCUCAUCAAUGCGUCAUCUUCGUCGUCUUCCCUCUCAAGGGAAGUUGAGGUUGUUAUGGGCACUGAUGGGGAGCCCAUCAUCCGCGCACCAGCCAUGACCCUCGCAGCAGCUGAGAAGGAGAAGGGCGACGGCAAGCGCAAGGCUGACAGCCAGAAAAAGAAGAAGAAGAAGAAGAAGAGAAGGCAGCAGGUAGUGCACACGUUCCAGCCAGAUGAGGAGUAUGAUCCCAACACGCCCAACGAUCUGGGCGAGUAUCAACACUACAGGAGACGCCUGCGCGAAGAGAAGCGGGCUGCUGCCGAUGCGAACCGCGGGAGCGACGACAGCAGCUAUUACAGUGACAGCAGUGUCGAGGCACCACGACGUGAUGUACGGGCAAGGUUACCCUCGCCCCCGGCUGUGCGGCCCAGACAGCCUUCCCCGCCCCCAGACAGCGGCGCCGACGCCUAUGCGCAGCGUGUAGCUAUGACUGUGGCCUCUACUGGAGAUGACGCGUAUGCUAGGCGCCAAGCGUUGUCUCAGGCAGCUUCUGGGGACGACGCCUAUGCCCGUCGAGCUGUCAUGUCUCAAGCCGCAACAGGUGACGAUGCGUUUGCACGACGAGCAGCCAUGUCGGUCCGACCGCCAGAGCCUGCGUACCACGUUCCUCCUCCGCGGCCCUCGUUCCAUCCGGCAACGCAUGGUGUUCCUUCUCUAGGCCCCCCACCGCCUGGUCCUCCACCGCCCAGCCUCCCGCCGCCUAGUCUCCCACCGGCCGGCACUCCUGGCGGAUUUCCUACUUUCCGCCCACCACCUGCACACCUCCUCGCCGGUGCACCCCCACCGGUCCCCAGUGGUCCACCACCGUUCCGCCCUCCUCCAGCCCAUCUCAUGGCCGGAGCUCCUCUGCCCCCACCUGUCGGGCACGCUUCGCCACAUCCCGCGGCUCCGGUGGAGCCUCCUACCCCACACCCACAUCGGUACUCGGCGCCAUCUCCGCCUAGAACGGAUCCUGAAUACGAGCGUCAGCUGGAUGAGAAGAAGCGAGCAGCAGCCGCUGUGGCGGCCAAACUCGCCGCGCUUGUUGGGACGCCCAAACCAGCGCCUCAACCUGUUGCAGAUGAAGAUGGUACAUUUGCCGAACGAAUGAUGCGCAGGUGGGGCCAUACCGAAGGUGCAGGCCUCGGCGUGCGCGAAGACGGUAUCAAGGUUGCCCUCGCCGCCGAGCAUGUUGCCAAGCCCAUGGACACGAGUAAGCUCUCCAAACGUCAACGCGCCAAACAGCGCGCUGCGGCCGCCAACGCCAAGAACCGCAAGUGGACGCAGGCGGCCAACUCGCGCGGCCGGAUCGUCAAUGCCAACGAGGAAGAGCGGCAACGGGAGGAACACGACAAGUUUGGCGAGGCGAGCCGCAUCAUCUGCAUCAUGGGCAUGGACGACGACGAUGCCGGCGAGGAGCUCAGUGACGAGAUUGGAGAAGAUAUUGUCGAGCGUGUCGUCCUGCACAUGGUCGAGCCUGCACCCGAGGACGCUACGGACGCGCUCCGUGUGUUCGUCGUCUUCUCCGGCAUGGCUGGCGCAUGGCGCGCCACACGUGAACUCGAGGGACGGUUCUUCGGCGGCAAGAAGCUGCGCUGUUCGACCGUGGCGAGCGCGACGGCCCUCUCUGAGCACAACGAACAGGUCAACCCAGGCGCUUGGCCACACGCUGCCUAUCUUUGCUCCAGUUUGGCUUUUUGGCGAUUGUCCGUGAUCCGCUAG